ACCAAAUCCAUGGAUGAGUGCAAAUUAUUAGUGAAGAUUCUCACCUUGGCUGUCUCAAAUCUCAAUCCCUCUUGCUCCCCAUUAGAUUAGUCAACGUCUCAAACUUCUCUACUCUCAUAACAAAUCUCUUGUUCUGUGUGUUUCCUCACUUGUCUGUGGGUCUCCGUGUACGAGGACGAAGAAAACCCAUCAGCCAUUGGGCACCACCCAGACAGUCUGCAUCUGACAAUUCGUCACUGGAAAAACAGGGGAGGGAAGCGUGUCUCAUCUUUCGCUGGCGUGGGACUAUAGAUCUUGAUUGGGAUGGACAAUGAUGGAAACAGAAAUGACGCACGUUCAGAUUCAAGAUAUUGAAAUGACACGGACAGUACCCAUCUAAUAUCCAAUGUUGAAUCAAGCUACAAUGUCAGAACAUUUUGUUUUGCUAGUGUUGUUGUUGGUAUUUUCUAGCAUUGGUCAUGUGUGGGGUGCAAAAAUAGGUCAUAAAGCUCCUUGGAGGAUCCACACCCUUUUCUCUGUGGAAUGCCAGAACUACUUUGACUGGCAGACGGUCGGCCUCAUGCAAAGCUAUAGGAAGGCCAAACAACCUGGACCGAUUACACGUCUUCUCAGUUGUACUGAUGAGGAGAAGAAAAAUUACAGAGGGAUGCAUUUGGCUCCCACUUUUGAGGUGCCUUCAAUGAGCAGACACCCCAGAACUGGGGACUGGUACCCUGCAAUAAACAAACCUGCUGGAGUUGUUCACUGGCUCAAACAUAGUAAAGAUGCAGAAAAUGUUGACUGGGUUGUCAUACUGGAUGCGGACAUGAUAAUUCGGGGACCCAUUAUCCCUUGGGAACUUGGGGCGGAGAAAGGCAGACCUGUUGCAGCGUACUAUGGAUAUUUAAGGGGCUGUGACAAUAUUUUGGCCCAACUGCACACUAAACACCCAGAACUUUGUGACAAAGUUGGUGGCCUUCUGGCGAUGCAUAUAGAUGACCUGAGAAAAUUGGCACCUAUGUGGCUUUCGAAAACAGAAGAAGUGAGAGAAGAUACAGCCCACUGGGCAACAAAUAUAACUGGUGAUAUUUAUGGGAAAGGAUGGAUUAGUGAGAUGUAUGGAUACUCUUUUGGUGCUGCAGAAGUUGGACUUCGGCACAAGAUCAAUGAUAACUUGAUGAUUUACCCAGGUUAUGUUCCGCGAGAGGGAAUAGAGCCAAUUCUGCUUCACUAUGGGCUACCAUUUAGUGUGGGAAAUUGGUCGUUUAAUAAACUAGCUCACCAUGAAGAUGAUAUUGUUUAUGAUUGCAAUCGGCUCUUUCCAGAACCUCCUUAUCCUAGGGAGGUAAGGAUGAUGCAAAUUGACCCUAAUCAAAAGCGUGGGCUGUUUCUCAGUGUAGAGUGCAUGAACACUUUAAAUGAAGGUCUUUUAUUGCAGCAUGCGGCUAAUGGUUGCCCUAAACCAGCAUGGUCUAAAUACUUGAGUUUCUUGAAAAGCAAAACCUUUGCCGAGCUAACUAAGCCUAAAUAUGUUAAUCCUGCUACUCUAGAAAUGAUGGAGGAUAAGGAUACCGUUCAAGAACCUGAUGAUGAUGAUGAUGCUGGAAAGCCUCAUCCUAAAAUCCAUACUGUCUUUUCCACAGAAUGCACACCAUACUUUGAAUGGCAGACUGUAGGGCUUAUGCACAGUUUCCGUACAAGUGGGCAGCCAGGAAAUAUCACUAGACUUCUCAGCUGUAAUGAUGACGACUUAAAGCAAUAUAAGGGCCAUGACUUGGCACCCACCCAUUAUGUUCCAUCAAUGAGCCGACAUCCAUUAACUGGCGAUUGGUAUCCAGCAAUUAAUAAGCCUGCUGGAGUGCUUCACUGGCUCAACCAUGCAAACAUCGAUGCAGAAUUCAUAGUUAUUCUUGAUGCUGAUAUGAUCUUGAGAGGUCCAAUCACACCGUGGGAGUUCAAAGCUGCCCGUGGCCGGCCUGUUUCUACUCCAUACGACUAUCUUAUUGGUUGUGAUAAUGAGCUCGCAAAACUUCAUACGAGCCAUCCUGAGGCUUGUGAUAAGGUUGGUGGAGUAAUCAUUAUGCACAUUGAUGACCUACGACAAUUUGCCAUACUAUGGCUGCACAAAACAGAGGAGGUCCGGGCUGAUAGAGCUCAUUAUGCCAGAAAUAUAACAGGAGACGUAUAUGAAUCUGGGUGGAUCAGUGAGAUGUAUGGUUACUCAUUUGGCGCCGCGGAGUUGAAUUUAAGGCACCGCAUUGAAAAAGAUAUACUGAUAUAUCCGGGAUAUGUUCCUGAACCUGGUGUCAAAUAUAGAGUUUUCCACUAUGGAUUGCUCUUCAGAGUUGGGAAUUGGAGCUUUGACAAGGCUGACUGGAGGGAAGUUGACAUGGUUAACAGAUGCUGGGCUGAGUUCCCGAAUCCGCCAGAUCCCUCAACACUCAGUGAUUCUGACACGGAUGCUCGAGAACGAGACCUGCUUAGCAUAGAAUGUGUAAGAACACUGAAUGUAGCUCUGCGCCUGCAUCAUGAGAGAAGGAACUGCCUCAUUGGUGGUUCCUUGUCCAGUUCAGAAGGCAAUGCAACCAAUGAAACGGGAGUUUCGAGGAAGCUCGGCGACUUUAAUGAAACUUUUGCUUCAAGAAGCAAUCACAUGUCAGCAAAUUCUGAGAAAGAUGGGAUGCUCAGUUCUUUCAAGUUCUGGGUGAUAGUAUUGUGGGCAUUUUCUGGCCUGGGUUUCUCUGUGGUCAUUUUUCUUGUUUACUCAGGUCAUAAGAGAAGAGGAACAAGGAUGAAACACCAUAGAAGCCGGAGAAGAGGCUUGUAUCCCGGAUACAUGGAAGUAAACGGCCGUGAUCGGCAUAGCCGUGGUGUUGACGUACCUCUGUAACAUCUUUUUUCUUUAUCAUGGUGUAAAGCUGAGAGGUCAGAAUUAAUUUAAGACUAUUAUGUCAUGCAAGGAUUACAAUCAGGUUUGCAAGCCGUAAGAGUGCACCAGAGGGAGCUCAUGCUAUGGCUUAAUGAGUUUCCUCCGGUUGUGCCUUGCACAGUUUUUAAACUCAAUGUUGUAAACUUAUUUAGAAACAAUUUGUUACACAUUUUUCCCCAAUAAGUUUGAAAUAUUAAUUAUUAAUGAUAGAAGAAUAGUUUGAUAUCCAAAGCUUUAA